AUGAGUUCAUAUCAAAGUCUACAUGAGACGUUUUUCCGCAUCAACAAUAGCGCAGGCGACGAGAACCUAAUUUUCCAAGGCGCAGUGAAAAUUUAUGGAAUUGAUCGCGAGACGACGACCGAAGGGCAAUUCAUCAAUUACAAACUCCUCUUAACGGUCCCUAGAGGAAUCAUGCGCGUGAAUAAUCACAAUCCGGCUAUCACCUCGAGAAUCGCAGUGGUCCUCAAAUCCCCAAAUUUGACCGAAUACGGAUAUAGUCUCUCUGCAGGAGAUUCCUAUACGAUAUCGGGAAACAUCAACGCUGAUGAGAGUGGUAAUCAGAUCUUCGAGCUUAACCCGCUUUUGGCCCGACGCCACAUGCCUGUUAUUUGCCCGUUUCUCUUCAACAGAAUGAUAGUUGAAGGCCGAGGGUCUAUACAAGAAGUAUUUUCUGUUUCGAAAGAUGAUCAUUCCGCGCCCGCUUAUUCAGAGUUCAAUAUUAAUAUCCUGACCCCAGAUGCUGUCUCAGUGUUGAACCUAACUGUGAUUGUCAAAACGGCGGACGUACCAGAAGAGUUAAAGAGCCAAUAUGCUGUUGGCGAUAUCGUAAAAUUUCGAGGAUACUUAAGUCGCGGUGACGGCUCACAGAGGCCUCUUGUUGUUGAGGUCAUAAGCCAUGCGGCAGUUAGGCUGUAA